AUGGCAUCAAAAUUGCUCUAUGGUGAUGCACAGGAGAAAUUCAUCAACGUGGGAUUCUUGAGGCUGUUCCGAGCCGCGCGCCUCAUUAAGCUGUUGAGACAGGGCUACACCAUCAGGAUAUUAUUGUGGACUUUUGUGCAAUCUUUUAAGGCGCUGCCAUAUGUCUGCCUCCUUAUUGCCAUGCUGUUUUUCAUCUAUGCCAUUAUUGGGAUGCAGGUAUUUGGAAACAUUGAUCUGGACCCUGAAACUUCCAUCACCCGGCAUAACAACUUCCGCAGCUUUGUUCAGGGUCUAAUGCUGCUUUUCAGGUGUGCAACGGGGGAAGCCUGGCCUUCAAUAAUGUUGUCCUGCAUCAGUGGCAGACCAUGUGAUAAGCUUGCUCGGAAACCAGGAUCUGAAUGUGGCUCCAACCUAGCUUAUGCCUAUUUUGUUUCUUUUAUAUUUUUCUGCUCUUUUCUUAUGUUGAAUCUUUUUGUAGCAGUUAUAAUGGAUAACUUUGACUAUUUAACUAGAGAUUCGUCCAUAUUGGGCGCACAUCAUUUAGAUGAAUUUGUUAGAAUAUGGGCUGAAUAUGACCCAAAUGCUACGGGUAAAAUACAUUAUACUGAAAUGUAUGACAUGUUGAAAAAUAUGGAUCCUCCUCUGGGAUUUGGCAAUAAGUGCCCUAAUCGCCUUGCAUACAAGAAGCUCAUAAGAAUGAAUAUGCCAGUUGAUGAAGAUGGAAAGGUCAAUUUCACCACCACAUUAUUUGCACUUAUACGAGAAAACCUUAGCAUCAAAGUCAGAAGUGCUGAUGAAAUGGACCAGGCAGAUGAAGAGCUGAGAGAAACAAUACAGAAUAUUUGGCCUCUUCAAGCAAAGAAGAUGCUAGAUCUUCUGAUACCUAGGAAAGAAGGUCAAAAGGUUUUUUUUUGGGUUCCAUGGAUGCAAGUUGUGGGUAUAUCACUAGGAUGCAGAACAAUCAAAUUCAUGGAUAGUUUUUCCACUAAAAGCCAACUAUUUACAUCUAUGUUUGCUCAAGCAAUAAAAAAUAUAUUUGAUAAUUUUGUCUUGACCAAAACUCUAUUUUUUUCUUGGUCAUUAUUGCCCAUACAUGUUUCAGUGCUAUUACACCAUCCUCAGCAUGUUUCUAUUUCAUUAGAAAGAAAUAUAAAUGUUACAAAAAUUUUGAUUGUUAGCAUCACUGUUAGGCUGUUAUCAGAAGUAGAGAAUUUAGAAAGGCUCCUCUAUCACAAUAGAAUGUGUGAUUGGCUGAGGGAGGGUGCUAAAUUGUCAUCAUGGUACAUCUGCACAUUUUUUCCUCUAAAUUCUUCUGCAGUUCUUCUAUAUUUUCUGUUGUCUCCUGCCACUCAACUCCAAUGUGUAUUUGCAUCAUUCAGGCUAACUCCUCCAUUCCAAAUAUGGCAUGUUAAUGGGAUUGGUUAUCCAGGCAGAACACUGGAUUCAGUGGAGCAUAGUCAUAAUUGA